AUGGUAGAUAUAUCUUCCAACGAUUCAGAACCCACCUUUGACAACCAUAUGGGACGUAUUCAGCGUCUCAGGAGUAAGAUGGAAGACCUCCGGUCAACACGCAAGCUUUGCGAGGAGGACUGUGUCAUGUGGGACCGUAUGGUAUACAAUCCUGAGGGGUUCCGUGAGACUAUAAAGGGUAUGAUCAAGAAAACUAUCAUCUUGGAUGAAGCCGAGUGGGAGAGAUGUACCCGUCAGAAGGCAGGAUUGACAGCGAGAAUUAAGGAAAUCAAUGAGAGGUUGGUGUUGCUGCAGGGGAAGAUGGAUCGAUUGUUAUUAGGAUUGAUGCGUAGAAAGCCCGCAGCCGGUGGAGAGAGCAGCAAUCUGGCCGAAUAG